AUUUCACUACAAAAAGACUACGCCAUAUGAUUGUGUUCCUCAUUCCUCCUCCUCCUCUAUUAUAUGUAUGUGCCUGGGGCUCCAAGAAACCAAAAACAUUCCCACCAUUCUUAACUUCACUCACUUACAAAUCACAAUGACACAACAAGCAACAACCUCUUCCGAAACAACAACUUCCUCUUCUUCUUCUUCUUCCUCCUCCUCCUCCACAUUUUCACCCUCGCAGCAUUCGGGCCCAAAGGCCCAGGCCCAGAAACAGAGCAAGAGGCCCAGGGACUGCAGCAAGCACCCGGUGUACCACGGCGUGCGGAAGCGCAACUGGGGCAAAUGGGUGUCCGAAAUCCGCGAGCCACGCAAGAAGUCCCGAAUCUGGCUCGGAACAUUCGCCACUCCUGAAAUGGCGGCGCGAGCCCACGACGUGGCGGCUCUCACCAUCAAGGGCGAGUCAGCAAUCCUCAAUUUCCCCGAAAUUGCGGACCUGCUCCCCAGGCCCGUCACGUGCGCUCCACGUGACAUCCAGGCUGCGGCCACGGCCGCGGCCUCCAUGGUUAAAUUCGACCCCGUGACGCAAUCCUCGGACUCGGAGACUCCGGAGUCUUCGGAGCUGAGCGAGAUUGUUGAACUUCCCAACAUUGAAGACAGCAGCUUUGACUCCGUUGACUCCAGACCGGAGUUCGUGUUGGUCGAUGUUGUUGACGGUUGGGUGUUUCCGCCAAUGGGAAUGGGGUCAGAGGGAAUCGAGAUCUGUGCCGCUUUUUCUGAUGAGUUGUUUCCGCAACAGAGUUUUGUUGAUGAGAUAGAGAUACUACCCAUUUGGGAUUGAAUGGUGAGUGGGUGCGUCUUUGGUUUUUUUACUAAAUUAGACUUGGCUUAAUUUGGGAUCACCAUCAUAUGCUCUCAAGUCUCAAAUUGAAUUCGCUCUUCACUUCCAAACAUGUGGGAUUGGCAAAUAGCAUUAAUGGGUGUUUGGCUAUAUUUGCUGUCAGUGGUCCAAGGGUACUUAAAUUUACUCUACUAUGUCAGUGUGCACUAUAUUUUUCACACUUACUUCUAGUUAGUUAGUAUUUAGCAAGUUUUAUUGUCUUCAACUUCAAUCCCUUUCUUCCUUCUAAAGAGUAGCUAGCUUCCUCUGUUUUAUACAAGUAGAAACAGAAUAUGUGAAUGCCAAAUAAAUUUUUACCACAUUACCUCUAUAUAUAACCAUAGUGUUCUUUAAGAAUGUUUCCACAUUUUCAUACUACAUCUUUGCUGUAAAAAUUCUCCUACAACUGCAACCUCUCUUACUUCCUAUGUAUGAUACUGUUUACAUUUUUGGAUAAAAUUUGACAGUGUUUACUCUAC